GGCUCGGCGAGAUCUCCAGCGGAUGAAAGUGGGGCCCUAGACAAGCCGCAUGGGAAAUUUCUUGGGACACCGAUGGCGCUCGUCCCAAUUCGACCGAUCGACCGACAUCCGUAGGUCUUGCAGCCGCGACACCUGCCCACCAUGAUCACGCGGACCGGUAUCCGGACUGGUUCCCGAGCAGCGGCUUGUCUUCUCUGCCAAUGGCGGUCUUUUAGCGUAUCCUAUCGCCGGCUAGCCGACAAACCGCCAGCUCCGACCUCCGGGUUAGGAGGCCCGAACUCUUCCCAAGCUUCACCGUCACCGUCACCAUCAUCCGGCACAACCCCGGCCACUGUCAGCCGCGAUGCCGCGGCGGCAGAGAGCCCUCUCGCUCACGCGCCCCGGGCGUACGGCAAGAAGAUCAAGGACUUCACGCCCACGCCGCUAGCGAGGCCAAUUGGCAUGAACUACCCCCCGAGCGCGGGCGAGAACACGGGUGUCGACAACCGCAGCCUCAAACAACGCCACGCCGAUUUCACCAACUACGACAAGCACCUCAAGCGCCGAGAAUACCUCAAAAACAAAAUCUCGCGCCCCUACUUCCGCGACUGGCGCAACCUGCAAUUCCACCAAGGCAAGACCUUCCUCUCCCCGCCACGCCCUUUCCGCGCCGACCUCUCGCUCUACUUCCCGAACCUGCACGGGCGCACGCUGGCGGCGCCCGCCGCCGACACGACCCCGCUUCUCGAGGGCCGCGCCUCCGUCGUGUCCGUCUUCAGCGGCCUGUGGGCCGAGGACCAGGCCAAGACCUUCACGGCGCCCGAGCAGAACGCGGCGCUGCACGAGGUGUUGGAGGGGGCUGGUGUGCGGGCGCAGCUGGUGCAGGUGAAUGUGGAGGAGGAUUUGCUGAAGGGGUGGUUGGUGCGGUUGUUUGCGGGGUCGUUGCGGCGAAGGGUGGGGAGGGAGAAUUGGGGAAGGUAUUUUAUGGUGAAGAAGGGGAUUACGGAUGAGAUUCGCGAGUCGAUUGGGGUGUUGAAUAGUAAGGUUGGGUAUACCUACCUGGUGGACCAUCAGUGUAGGAUACGCUGGGCGGGGAGCGGGUCGGCGGAUCCUGGGGAGAAGGAGGGGUUGGUGAAGGGGAUGCAGAGGGUAUUGAGUGAGAUGGAGAAGGAGGGGGUUGGGGAGGGCUUUGUGAGGAAGAUUGUUGCUGCUAAGAAGCCGGACGAAAAGUGAAGACAGCGGAGGUGGAUAGACGGGCUGUAGGAGUUUGCGUGAUACCCCCUUUUUGUUGUAUGUAUAAACACCGCCACUCUUAUAGAUGUACCAGUAUAUCGGGGG